AUGAGUAAGAACUACUUGUCCAAAAACGAUGAACUCCGCAAGGGAGACUUUCUGGUCUCCAACAACAGGGAGUGGAAGGCCGUCUUCCAGGAGGACGGCAACUUUGUCCUCUAUGGCUGGAAGCCUGUGUGGGCUUCAGACACUUACGGGACAGACGGCAUGCGCGUGUGCAUGCAGGAGGACUGCAACCUGGUCAUGUACAACAAGUGUGACCAACCCAAGUGGCACACAAACUCCUCCAAAUCUACGAGCAACAUGUGCCGCCUUCACCUGACCAAUGAGGGAAAACUGGUGGUCAGCAGGGAGGGUGAGGAGGUCUGGAACUCCGAUCAAAACCAUGGCAAGAAGUGA